AUGUCUCGCCGACGCCCGAAUUUCUCGACUCGCACCGCUCAAGAAGAUGUCGCACGCCUUGACCCGAACGAGUCCGAAGAUGUUGCCCCUGCAGAACGGGCUGGACUGUUACACUGGCCGCCAACCCUUUGGUCCCGUCACCAGGGGAUGACCCCAACAGAGCCGUCAGAACACCACCGCCACUUGGUACCAACGAACCCGUUCCACGGGAUAUCUGAAUGGUGGAACAAGAAGGCGGGAGAUGGAGAAGGACAGGAGGAUAGUGGAGCGGCAGGACUGCCCAUAUCUGCUGGACCUCUCCGAGACAACGGUGCAGAUAGGAAGGACAGACUCGGACAUUGGUCUCGUUCGUUUGAGGAGCCGAAGAAGCUCGGCACCUUCUCGGGCGUGUUCGUGCCGACGAGCUUGAAUGUGCUGAGUAUUCUGAUGUUCCUUCGUUUUGGGUUCAUUCUUGGCCAGGCUGGAUUGGUGGGCAUAUUAGGGCUGCUUGCGUUUUCAUACCUGAUUAAUCUGGUAACCACGAUGUCUCUCUCGGCGAUUGCAACAAACGGUACCGUUCGAGGCGGUGGUGCGUACUACCUGAUCUCUCGUUCCCUAGGGCCAGAGUUUGGUGGCUCGAUCGGAGUGGUUUUCUACUUAGGACUCGUCUUCAACACCGGCAUGAACGCAGUCGGUUUGGUAGACUGUUUCACUCAGAAUUUUGGUACUUUGUCUGGCACACUAGGUCAUUUUCUCCUAGAGGGCUUUUGGUGGCAGUAUCUCUGGGGAACUGUGAUUCUCGUUCUCUGUACGGCCAUUUGCUUGGCAGGAAGCUCGAUUUUUGCUAGAGCGAGCAACGGCCUUUUGGUUCUACUUCUUAUUGCGACCUUCAGCAUUCCAUUAUCUGCCAUCUUCAUGAAGCCGUUUAGUUCUCCCGUGGACCAAGUCCAGUUUACUGGCCUUAGUUGGCAGACUUUCAAGGAGAAUCUCGCACCUCACUUGACGAAAGGGGCUGCUGGAAGCCAAUUGAAAGGCCGAGAGAAUUUCCAAGAUCUUUUUGGUAUUUUGUUUCCCGCCACGGGUGGUAUCUUUGCAGGCGCGAGCAUGUCUGGUGAUUUGAAGAAUCCUAGCAAAUCCAUCCCCAAGGGGACUCUCGCCGGUCUUGUCCUGACCUUUAUAUCUUACUUGCUGGUCAUCUUGGCCAUGGCGGCCUCUAUUACUCGACAGUCAUUCUAUAACAACGUCAAUGUUAUUCAGAUCGUCAACUACUCUGAUACUAUCAUCCUUGUUGGAGAAUUUGCGACCUGUUUCUUCUCCGCACUGAUGGGAGUGAUUGGCUCUGCCAAGCUCCUUCAGGCCAUCGCCCGCGAUAGCCUGCUUCCAGGAGUCAACUUCUUCGGUCAAGGCACGAAGAAAAAUGACGAGCCUAUUUACGCUAUUAUCGUCACCUAUAUCUUUGCACAGCUCACAAUGCUGUUCGACAUCAAUCAGAUUGCCUCUUUUGUGACCAUGACCUACUUGAUGACAUUCUUGGUCACCAACUUGGCCUGCUUCCUGCUGAAGAUUGGAUCGGCUCCUAAUUUCCGACCCUCUUUCCACUACUUCAAUUGGCAAACUGCAGCUGCAGGCACUCUAGUCAGCGGUAUUAGCAUGUUCUUUGUUGACGGGUUGUAUGCAACGGGAUGCGUUUGCAUUCUCGUUAUGCUCUUCCUGUUGAUCCACUACUCGUCUCCUCCCAAAGCAUGGGGCGACGUCAGUCAAAGCCUUAUCUACCACCAAGUUCGCAAGUACCUGCUCCGUCUCAAGCAAGAGCACGUCAAGUUCUGGCGACCACAGAUCUUGCUCUUUGUCAGUGACCUUGACCGCCAGUACAAGAUGGUUUCGUUUUGCAACUCGCUCAAGAAAGGAGCCUUGUUCGUGUUGGGUCAUGUUCUCGUAACGGAUGACUUUUCAACGGCAGUUCCAGAAGCCCGUCGACAGCAGACCGUCUGGACAAAAUUGGUCGAAUACUCCAAGAUUAAAGCCUUUGUCAAUGUUGCCGUUUCUCCGGCCGCAGAAUGGGGUGUGCGGAAUAUUGUUCUCAAUUCCGGAUUGGGAGGCAUGCGACCGAACAUCGUCGUCAUUGAUCAAUACCGUGAGAAUCAAUCGCUGGUUGAGACUGUCUCCGUUGGCGGUAAUCGCAGGGAAUCCUCAAAGUCGAGACGUCGUUCAUCCCUUUUUGGCUCUCAAUACGAAGACGGAGCCGAGGAUGCGCCACGUAAGGGAAUGACUUGUCAAAGCUACCUGACCAUUCUUGAGGACCUCUUGUUCAACCUUCGUAUCAACGUCGCCGUCGCCAAAGGCUUUGAAGAUCUCGAGCUACCCGAUCCUCUCGGGCGUCAUACGAAGAAAUAUAUUGACCUGUGGCCAAUUCAGAUGUCCGCGGAAAUUGGCGCGGACACUGAGAGCAAGCAAAAUGUGCUGACAACCAAUUUCGAUACGUACACCUUGAUUUUGCAACUGGGUUGCAUUUUGAACACCGUUCCCUCGUGGAAGAAGACCUAUAAACUGCGCGUUGCUGUGUUUGUCGAGUAUGAAAGUGACGUUGACGACGAGAGAGGACGAGUGGAAGCGCUUCUCGAGAAGCUUCGCAUCCAAGCUGAAGUCCUUGUCUUUUGGCUUGCAUGUGGUGAUGUCAAGGCUUAUCGAAUUAUUGUCAAUGGCGAUACUUCACCUGAGAUGGCUGUUGCCCAAGACACCGUCCAUUCUGUAUUAAAAGAUGAGGAUUGGUGGCAAGGACUCCUUCGAGCUCGCAACAAUCCACAAAAUUCGCCAGGGGGCGACGAGAUCCCUCGGUUUGAUCGAAUCGCGACCUGGCAAGGCCCUGCCGGUCAAGAGAGUGGCAACAGGCAUUUGAACCAGCGAGUGACGGGCCUAAGAAAACUGAUCCAGCGACGCCGAGGAUCGGUAUCCAGCUUCAGGACGCUGGGGAAUGUGAACCUGGGCAUGCAGACCCAUCGAUUGCUAGAUGCCUUCGUUGACUACGACGGGAACAAUCUGUCUAGUGAAAGCAGCGACGACAGCGACCUGGAUCCAUAUAUUAGCGAUUCCGAGGUCGACGAAGCUGACGACGAACGUGAAGAGCAUGAGGACGAGGAGGACACGGCCAGCAGUCCAAAAGAGAAUGAGGCCACUCCCGGCCCAUCACGGCUUGGUCUACCUGGUUGGAGUAAGAGCGACGACCGUAGCUCGACUGGCUCUGGAACAAGCCCGUCUACCCGCCCACCAGCACGAUCGAGCGCCUCAGCCGGCCCGACACCAACAAUCCACCAGCCCAUCCCUUCCAUCAUCACCACUUGCGACGAUCCUUCUCCAAAGAGCAAAUCCCCCGCCGCCCGCCCACCCUUGAGCCGCUCCGCCUCAAGCAACCGCUUCAGCUCCUCCCCCAUCCCCGAAGCAAAAGUCAACACCGACGAAGGAGCAGGCCCAUCAAUCAUGUUCGCAGCCAACGCCUCCCCACCCCGAUUCUCUCAAAAGCUCGAAUCCAUCUACGCCCGGCGCCAGUCUGCAGUGUCGACAACAUCUCCCAGCGCCCAAACGAACCAACCCGCCUCGGGGUAUCCGGGGUCUGCGUCAGUCCCGCUGUCGUUCAAUGAUCUGCCUAGUCGGGCACAGCAUUUGAUAUUGAAUGAGUUGAUGGUACAGCAUAGCAGCGAGACGGCGGUGGUUUUUACUACCUUGCCUUCUCCGGUUCAUGGGACUUCGCAGAGUGAGCAGGAUUGUGGGUCGUAUUUGAGUGAUUUGGAGGUGUUGUGGCAGGGGUUGCCGCCUUGUCUGUUGGUGCACAGCAAUAGUAUGACCGUAACGAUGAACCUGUGA